AUGGAUGGUGUGCAGCAAAAGCCAACAUCUAGUUCAGAAAAAUUAAAAUGGCAAGCCAACGCAGCAAUGGAUAAAGGACAUUACACUUUAGCCAUAGAAUUAUUUAGUUAUGCAUUGAAACAAGUUCCAAAAUAUGCUCCUUAUUUAACCAAUCGUGCUUUAUGUUAUUAUCAUCUAAAUGAUCCUGAGAAGGUUUUAAAAGAUGCUUCAGCUAGUAUUCAAGCUAAUCCACAAUUGGUAGAUGGUUAUUUUUAUAGAGGAAAAGCAUUAGAGAUGUUAAAUCGUAAACAAGAAGCAAUAGAUUGUUAUCGAAAUUGUUGUCAAUUACAACCAAAUCAAAAAAAAUAUGAAGAUGCUCUUAGGGAAUGUCUAAGAACUUCACCGUCAUCGUCAAAAGCAAAUAGAACAGUCGAUCAAAUUGCAAGUCAUAAUGUUGUAUGUGAUGUAUGUAGAUGUUAUCCAAUAGUCGGUAUUCGAUAUAAAUGCUCAAUGUGUGAUUAUUAUAACCUGUGUCCAAACUGUCUUAAUUCAAAUCCAAAUCAAAAAGAACAUAAAGAUACUCAUCCAUUAACUCAAAUUAAACAAACUCAACAGUUUUCACAAGUAUUAUCAAAUUUACUACGGUCUGAAGCACGUGCACUUAGAGAAACAGCUGACAAACAGCAGCAAAUGGACAAUGAAGGACAAGUUCAAACCAAUGUAUUAGGUGGAAAACGUGCGAAUUUACCACCCGGACGACUUCGUGGUGGUGGCGGCGGGUGCUGUUAUUCCGACCGCGACAGCUUCAACAAGUGCUACAGGUGCUUGGGGACAUGGUGA